CAAUUAACCAUUAGUGGACUCGAUCCGAUUGCUAAUGAUUCUAAUGCUUUCUCAUAUAUUACUGAUGUACAAGAUGAUCAAGGAAAAGUUUAUAUUUAUGGUGUUAUUGAUUCAUCUAAUAGCACAAACAAUUUAUAUAUAUUAGAUUUAUUUAAAUUAACAUUAAGCUUUGGUGCCAGAGUUAAUGCCCCACCAAUAGAUAGUAACUAUUCAUGUGUUUUGAUUAAUAACAAAACCAUUUUCUAUUUCGGUGGCUUUAACAUUUCAGAACAAUAUAUUAAAAGUCCGAUGACUACGAAUUCUAGUGGUGACCAACCUACCAAUCGAUAUGCUUCUUCUUCCGUAUUAGAUUCUAGUGGCCAUGUAAUAGUUUAUGGUGAUACUCUUGGUACUAAUCCCAUCACAGUUACUGACAAGUUAGCAAUAUUAGAUACAAAUCAAAUACUGUAUAAAUAG